UUUUUUUUUCUUUCCUUUUUCUUUUUCUUUUUCUUAUAUAUAACAUACCAUGUUCAAUUUAUACAAGACUCGAGUAUGGAAUGCUACUAUGACAGCUGGAGCUACUCUUGCCAAUAAGAUGAUGCCAACAACUUCUAUUAUGCAACAACAACGACCUGGAGCAUUGAUGAUGACGAUACGACAAGCAUCCAACUUUUCUCCACGACGUACAAAGUAUCGCAAAGCACAUAAAGGCAAGAUCCCUCUACCUAUUGGUGGCUCAGUCAAGGGUACCACUGUAGAAUUCGGUGAUUAUGGUUUACGAAUCAAAGAAGGUGCUCGUUUGACAGCUCGACAAUUGACAGCAGUACACAAUACUUUGCGACGCAAGAUCAAGACUGUGAAAGGUUCACGUAUGUGGAUGCGUGUGUUUCCAGAUAUUCCUGUUACUAGUAAAGGUAAUGAAGUACGUAUGGGAAAAGGUAAAGGGACUUUUGAUUACUGGGCAUGUCGUGUACCUAUCAACCGGAUCAUCUUUGAAAUCAGUGGCAUGCGUAAGGAAAUCGCCAAGGAAGCCUUCCGUUUGGUUAGCAACAAGAUUCCCGUCAAAACUGAAGUCGUUGAACGUGGUGCCAAGCCAGUGGUAGGUGCUGGUUAUAUUGCUCCUUCCAAACCCUCCUCUACUACUACUACGACCUCUUCAUCAUCUGCUGUUUCUUCUUCGUAAACAUUCUUUUUCUUUUUUUUUAGUAUAGUUUUUUGUUUCUUUUACAUAUCCUCUUUCCUUCUCUUUCGAUAAAUUAUCAUCAUCAUUAUUCUCCUUAUCAUUAUUUCCCUUCUCCUUCCCAUCAUAUAUUCCUUCAUACUGAUAGAAAUGUACAUUUUUUUCCCAUCAUCAAAAAGAACAUCUUAUUAAUAAAUAUAAUAUUGUUUCUUGAUUUUUUA